AUGGAGCUAAGUGCCACACAAUAUGAAUAUCCAACGGGCAUUUCAUUGGCUGCGACACUCUUGUCCCUCGGUCUCGGUACUUUUCUAAUGGCCCUUGACACGACUAUUAUCACCGUCGCGAUUCCAGAGAUUUCUACACAUUUCAACGCUCUUGAUCAAGUUGGGUGGAUUGGGUCCGCCUAUCUCAUAACACUAACGGCGUUCCAACCGAUCGCGGGGAAUCUAUACAAAAACUUUGACCCCAAGAUUACGUACCUGGUGUUUACUGACAUAUUUGAAGUUGGUUCAACCCUUUGUGCUGCCUCUCCAGCGGUGGAAGUCUUCAUUCUGGGCCGAGCGAUCGCCGGGAUGGGGGCAGCUGGUCUACUUCAAGGCGCACUAGGAAUUCUCACCUAUAUCUCCCCACUGGAGAAGCGUCCUUUGUAUAUGGCAGUCGUUAUUAGCGCCUUUGGAAUCACUUGCAGUGUCGGGCCAGUCGUUGGAGGGGUCUUCACGGAUCGAGUUACAUGGAGGUGGUGUUUCUGGAUAAAUCUUCCGCUGGGCUUCAUCACCUUCGCGCUUGUCGCGUUUUGUUUGAAUCUGAAGCAACUCGCUAGUGUCCCAGGGCGACAGCUUCCGUUAAAGACAAAAUUAAAGAGAGUGGACCCGAUCGGUAUGACUCUACUCCUCGGCUUUGUGUCGUGUUUGUGUAUUGCCCUCCAAUAUGGUGGCAAUACUGACCCUUGGAGCUCGUCUCGAGUGGUUGGGUUGCUAGUUGGAUUCUGUCUCUUGAAGGUUUUGUUCUGGAUCACCCAGUGGAGAUUGGGAGAACAUGCGCUAAUCCCGGUGCGCUUCCUUCGCCAACGAACUGUUUCUUUCGGCUCUUUGUUCCUGUUCUGCGAGAACAUGUCGAAUUACCUGAAACUUUACUACCUUCCAUUUUAUUUCCAAGCUGUGUUAGGUACAUCUGCCGUUCGCAGCGGAGUCAACUACAUUGCGUUGGCAGUCCCUCAGUUCUUUGCUUUGCUGCUGUCUGGAGGCUUGGUCACUCAGUUUGGCCACUACAUGCCUGUUAUAAUGAUUGGACAAGUCAUUUGUGCUGUCAGAACGGGGCUAAUGACCCAGAUAUCUACGACGACGUCAGCCCCUCAAUGGGCCGCGUUCUUAGCGGUGACAGGAAUUGGGCUUGGAAUGGGUAUAAAUGCGCCUCAUAUCGCAAUCCAAGCCGUGAUGGAGACAGAUACUGAUGUUUUUCUCGCAAACGGUGUCGCGACAUUUUUUUCGCAGCUCGGAGGAACAAUCGCGAUACCGAUUGGCAAUGCUUUCCUUCUUAACGGCCUUGGAAAAUACAUCCCAAAAUAUGCUAAAGAAAUUGCGGUGGAAACGGUUGUCCAUGCUGGCCCACUAGCUCUAAACGAGCUUUCUCUGUCGGCCGACACGGUCUAUGGCCUUCGAUUGGCCUAUUCCAAGGCGAUCCAGCACAUUCUCAUAUUUGCGUUAGCUGUUGUUUGUUUUUCAAUUCCGGCUGCUUCUGGGAUGCAAUGGUUGAACAUUAAGAAAGUAUCUCAAGAACGGAAGAAGCGUAAGACAACGAGCCAUGCGAACGAUAAUGAGCAAGUUGAUGUGGAUGAGAAGACAGAGUGA